CCAUCAUGUCCGACGCCAAGGCCGCUGCUGCGAACCCCAUGCGCGAGCUCCGCAUCGACAAGCUCGUCAUCAACAUCAGUGUCGGCGAGUCGGGCGACCGUUUGACGCGGGCCGCUAAAGUUCUGGAACAGCUUACGGGCCAGACGCCCGUUACGUCGAAGGCGCGCUACACGGUCCGUCACUUCGGCAUCCGUCGCAACGAGAAGAUCGCUGUGCACGUCACCAUCCGCGGCCCCAAGGCCGAGGAGAUCCUCGAGCGUGGCCUCAAGGUCAAGGAGUACGAGCUCAAGAAGCGCAACUUCUCGGCGACGGGCAACUUCGGGUUCGGCAUCCAGGAGCACAUCGACUUGGGCAUCAAGUACGACCCGGGUAUCGGUAUCUUCGGCAUGGACUUCUACGUCGUCAUGGGCCGGCCAGGUGGCCGCGUCGCGCGCCGCAAGCACUGCACCGCGCGCGUCGGCUUCUCGCACCGCGUCAAGCGCGAGGAGACCAUGGCCUGGUUCAAGCAGCGCUUCGACGGCAUCCUCCUCGGCCGCAAGGACUAGAGCGCUCGUCUCGCGCGCUCUGGCAACCCUCGCUCUCUGAGUCGAAGAAGGACGUGAAGGUCGGGAAAGGUGCUGGCUGCGACGGCCAGGAAGGGAGACAAGAGGGAGCCCGGUCUUGCGUGCCAUGCCAGGAGGUUCCUCUCU